GCAAUCGCUGGGUCUCGCUGUCACCAUCACCACCACCACCAUCACGACCAGCAGCAGCACCGCCCUGUAGAGAAAGAGAGAGAGAGAGAGAGGCUCCCGAACCACCCCCCCUCCCCUGAACGCUCCCCCACCUAACAACAACCUCAGCCCCGUAGCGAGGCUCUCUCACAACGACCCCACCCCGCCCCCAACCCCCCCUCUGAGAGAGGGGACGGAGCGAGACACACACUCGGAGCCACCGAGGAAAAAAGAAGACCGCUUCGGGAACCCCGGCUCCGCGUUGCCCUCAAUCCGGGCCUAAUGCUGUAGCGGCGGAGCGCAGUAGGAGCGAGAGAGAGAGAGAGAGACAUCGCACUGAUUGAGACCGAGAGAGUCGGCGAAAGGGCCAGGGCGGACCCGGGGAGACGACGCUUGUUCAUUCGCUUGGAAUCAUGGGAUGUACGCUGAGCGCCGAGGAGCGCGCGGCUCUGGACCGGAGCAAGGCCAUCGAGAAGAACCUUAAAGAGGACGGGCUGGUGGCCGCCAAGGACGUGAAGCUGCUCCUGCUCGGCGGGGGAGAGUCCGGCAAAAGCACCAUCGUCAAACAGAUGAAGAUUAUCCAUGAAGAUGGCUUCUCUGGGGAUGACGUGAAGCAGUAUAAGCCUGUGGUCUACAGCAACACCAUCCAGAGCUUGGCAGCUAUCCUCCGAGCCAUGGACUCCCUGGGAAUCGAGUUUGGAGACAAGGAUCGAAAAGCGGAUGCCAAGCUGGUGUGCGAUGUCGUGAGUCGCAUGGAGGACACGGAGCCAUACUCUGCAGAGCUCCUCAGCGCCAUGAAGCGUGUCUGGGCUGACGCCGGGACACAGGAGUGCUUCAACCGGGCCCGUGAAUACCAGCUCAACGACUCGGCCCAAUACUACCUGGAUAGUUUAGACCGGAUUGGGGCAGCAGACUACCAGCCCACAGAGCAGGACAUCCUGAGAACUCGAGUGAAGACCACCGGCAUUGUGGAAACUCACUUCACCUUCAAAAACCUUCAUUUCAGGCUCUUUGACGUGGGAGGUCAGAGGUCAGAGAGGAAGAAGUGGAUCCACUGCUUUGAGGACGUGACUGCCAUCAUCUUCUGCGUGGCUCUGAGUGGAUACGACCAAGUGCUUCACGAGGACGAGACAACUAACCGCAUGCACGAAUCCCUCAUGCUCUUCGACUCCAUCUGCAACAACAAGUUCUUCAUCGACACCUCCAUCAUCCUCUUCCUUAACAAGAAGGAUCUCUUUGCGGAGAAGAUCAAGAAGUCGCCGCUGACGAUCUGUUUUCCAGAAUACACAGGUGCUAACACUUACGACGAUGCUACGGCAUACAUUCAGGUUCAGUUUGAGAGUAAGAACCGCUCUCCCAACAAGGAGAUCUACUGUCACCUGACCUGUGCCACGGACACAGGGAACAUCCAGGUAGUGUUUGAUGCCGUCACUGACAUCAUUAUCGCAAACAACCUGAGAGGCUGUGGCUUAUACUGAGGCCUCAAGCACAGCUGUUGUCAUGGAGAGUGUGAGGUGUUAAUGAUAAUUUUCAUGAUACUUAAAAACACAAAAAAUAUGUAAUUCUACACGUCCAAAUGGACCCAAAGAGCUGCCGCCAGACAUCACGUUGGAUACAUGUCAUGAUCUGUCCCCUCCCUCCUUUUUCAUUUCAAUACACAACCCGUUUUGUCUUGGAUGUUUUUUUAUUUUUUAUUUUAUGAUUUGUUGAGGACGGCUGGCACCAGAGUGGUAUUCAGUUGGCGCCUUUUUUUGGAAAAAGUGCAGUGCAGAAAUUCCUCCAUUUGGCUUCUACGCGCAAGCCUUGAGCCUGUGGUGCUUGUGCUGCAUGAUGACGGUAACGAUAAUACUGGGGAGGUGCUGUUCUUGUAGGGAAGCAGGAGGCUUAUUUGACCGUUGAGAGGGGACAAAGCUCUCCCCUCCUUCACAGACACACACCACUUAAGUAGCCUGCGGCACUUCUGUUCCGCUCCUUUUCUCUUCUUACUUACUAAAUGAUCAUAAAAGAGUAUUUAUUCAGUGUGGCGUGUGAGGGACAGCCAAUCAUAUUGCACGAAAAAGGAGACAAAAAAGCAGUCAUAUCUGUGCCAACCAUGAUUAUCAUAGAUCACUAAGGAUAUGUUCUAUCACACAACUACUUACUGAUUGAAGCCUCACGCCCUCCUCCUACCUCCUGAGCUCCCUUGAUACACAUUUUGAGUCCUAAAAAUGAAGAGGGGCGUAAAGCAGCUCUCUGAUAACAUCUUGUACCCCUCAAUGUGAAUCUGUUUAGACAUAGAACACUGCACAAAGAGAACAAUAUCAUUUGGGGGCAGCCUCUGCCUCUGUCAGGGGGAGACUGCUUUAUUGUAUUCUAAGCCUCCCCUGACAGCUCAAAACAUUAUCCCCCCUUCAUCUGCCAUCUUUACUCUUUCACAGAGAAAACGUACAGCUCUCCAUUUUCACCUGUGCACCCUAAAAUCCACCUCCCCAUUCCUGUAUACUCCAACCAGUCACGUCAUCCCCCGUAUCCUAUCCAUCCUCACCUUAAAAGCACCGUAUUGUAUAUAUAUAUAUUACGAUUAUACCAGAUUUUUUUUACUGUGAAUGUUUUUGUGCUGCACCCCCCCCCCAUCUUAUUCUGUAGUUCUUUGGUUGCUCUCAUGUGGAAUGUUUGUGCUGAGCCAAUCGAAUGUUGUGUUUACAUUAAAGCUACACUUUUCCUAACUA